CCUGCGGCGCCGCUUGCUGCGGAGAGCGGGCUGCGGGUGGCUGCGGGGACAGACCGGCUCCCGAACUUUGCGGAGCGCUGCUUUUCGGAGCUGCAGCUUGCUCGUUUCUGUGGCCCUUUCUUACCGUGUGUGUUCCGAAGGCUCUCCCAUGCCCGAUUCCAGAGCCAUGGAGGUAGUGAUGCUUAAGGACCUACGACAGGACGCUAACCUAGCCAAGAGGCGCUACAUGGAGCUGUGCAGGCAGGGACGGGUCUUCGACGCCAGGAACAGGAUCAUUGGGGGAGACACACGAGCCUGGGAUGCUCAAGUCCGUGACCAGAAGAUAAAAGAAGCAACUGAAAAAGCUAGGGAUGAAACUUUUGCUGCUGAAAUGAGGCACAAUGACAAAGUCACGUGCAUACUACAUGACCGCGAACGGAGGGACAGGAAACAACUCUGUUGCGCUAUCAGUGACUUCCAGCAGAGCUUUCAGAAGCCAGAAACUCGCCGUGAGUUCGAUCUGUCUGACCCCCUGGCCCUUAAGAAAGAUCUCCCGGCCCGGGUGUCAGACAGUGACAUGAGGAACACCAUAUCAGGAAUGCAGAAGUUCAUGGGAGAGGAUUUAAACUUCCUAGAAAGGAAGAGGUUCCAAGAGGAACAGAACAGAGAAUGGUCUCUGCAACAGCACAGCGAGUGGGAGAGAGCACGGGCUGACCACAAACUUGCAGAAGACCACUACCUGCAGACAAGGCUAAAGUUUGAUGAAACAGCCAGAGACUUGCAGAAGCUGGAAGGCCUCACCAGGAAGGAAGUCUGUGCAGCCAUGAAAGAGUUCAACAAGAACCAGAUUGCUGAGCUGGCAGAAAGGAAGAGGCAAGAGAAGCAGCAGGAGCAAGAGGACAACCUGGCCGAGAUCACCAACCUGCUGCACGGGGACCUGCUCUCUGAGAACCCACAGCAGGCCGCCAGCUCCUUCGGGCCUCACCGUGUGGUCCCUGACCGCUGGAAGGGCAUGAGCCGGGAGCAGCUGGAAGAGAUCCACUAUGUUCAGAAGCAACAAAUCCAGGAAAAGCUGAGGCUGCAGGAGGAAGAACGCCAGCGCGUCAUGGACUGGGACCGACGCAGGAUCCAGAAGGCCCGCGCUAGCCUACUGCAGGAGCGGCAGCAGCAGCGCUUGCAACGGGAACUGCGCAAGGCCCUGGAUUGCAGCAACCUCAGCUUGGCCAGGGAACAGUAUUUACAGAAAAAACGAAUGGAUGAAGCUUCCUCAAGUCAACCCACAGAAGACUAUUUCUCACAGUUUAAUACAAGAAGCCGCUAAUGGAAAAGACUCCCCUUUUCUUGUCUAUAGUAGUGUGGUACCCUGGGACUCACACUUACUUCAGAGUGAACCUGCUCCUUGGUCUGAACAUCUCCAUCAAGUCUCAUCACCCUGGUGGGGAGUGCUGUGGACAUAGGGCACAGUGGACCAGGGGACAGACACAGUGAGGGCCGGUGUGCCCCUCAAGCUCUGGGCUGGCUGCUGCGGUCACUUGCUAACUCAGUGAGCACCAUAAUGUUGUUCUAGGUGCCCUGUGAAGCACUCCUUUUGUUGGAUUCUCAUCCUAGAGGCUGACCAGUACCUCUACCAUUGUCUAAUGGGAGACUCUUGAGUUAAAGGCACACAUCUGGCUUAUUGUGUGAUUCUCCUGCCCUCUCCUCCCCCCUGCAAGAAAAUGUCAGCACUCAGGAUUGAACCUGGCAAGUCUGGCUUUCAGCCUUUUCAACUCCCUGUUCGUUGGGGUGCAGACCCAGGCAACAGUGGCUUCCAUAAAGCAUCAGUUUUUAUUUUUUGCUGUAACAAAAGCCAGUGGACCUAGAACCCCCACCACCACCACCCCCGCUGGUUGGGGGAAGGCCCAUUGCCCUUGCUGCUUACUCAGCCCCCCUUGCCACUCUGUAGCCCCCAUCCUAGGGUCUAGCCUCUGCUCCAGCUUGCAACCCUGUACCACACCCUGUCAUCAGAAGCUAGCAUUCCCUUCCUUGAGGGAUGCAGUCCAGAAAGUACCCAUGUUGCCUCUGCUCCAUCCCCACUGCGGCUUGACCUGCCAGCAAGAGUGUGCCUUUUUGGUCUGGAUGUCCCCAGGAUAAUAAAGACUUGAGGGUGAUAUCCAGACCAAGGAGACCUCCACAUUUACCCAUCACAAAUGCAUUCUCUAGGAAACAGGCCACCACCAACACUGUCCACAGCUGCUGGGCUUUCAGGGCAGUCAGACCAAGUUGAGUUCACCAGUUCACCAGUAGGGCAGUGUGCUCUCCAUGGCCAUCACUUUUGGCCACAGGUAUGAACAGGUACCCUUGAAGGCCUGUCCUUUACAAACACCCACAUGGGCCAGGAGUCCAGUGGUAGUGACCAAGUGGCCCAGGAUGUUUAGUCAGUCACAGGAUCUACCCAAGCUUUCCCACAGCCUUCAACUUUGCCUGGGUAAUUCCACACAGCCUGUACCUCUGUCA